GAGGCCGCGGCCUGGCCUAACUGUGGGUGCGCGUGGCGUGGCAGGCGCGGUGGCCGCCACAGAAGGUCCGUCCUCUCGACUGUCCCUGCUGACCUGACCCUCCACCACCGUGGUAUCCUGCUCCAGCUUCUUGUGCUCCAUCUUCUGAGGCUGCCUCGGAGCUUCCUUCGCGGGCCACGGCUUCCUGUUCCUGUUCUUCAGGUUCUUGAGUUCAGGGUUCCCGGGAGUAGGCCUCCAUCACAGCUUGCCGGGUAGGACCAAAAGCUUCAUUUUACGGUUCCUGCCCUAAUUUCCUUAAUGGUGGAUUGGAACUUGGAAGUGGAAGUUGAAAUAAAUCCUUUCCUCCUCAAGUUGCUUUUGGACAUCGUGCAAGCAGAGCCUCAAGUGCAGCCUCCUGGACCACCUCCUUCUCCACUCAGUGCCACAGUUCUGCAGCCCCACCGUGGCUCUAACUCCUAAAUCACUGAAGAGGCCCAAGAUGCAGAUGCCCAGGGACUCGUUCCCCACUGACUGGAGUCCACCACCUGUAGAGUUCCUAAACAAGAAAGCACCUCCAGCCAGAAGGAGACCCCUUGAGGACCCUCCAGAUUCCAACCAGAAGGUGGAGCUGGCCUCUCUGGAGGAGCUCUUCUGGAACAUGGCAGGUCCAAGCCAACAGGCUGGGACCCCAGAGAUUUCCUCUGGGGGCUCGAAGUGCUAUGUCAAUAACUUAGACUACUUACUGCAAGAAAAGAGGGAGCAGGUCCUGGAACAGGAGUGGGAGCAGCUGUUGCAGCAGGAACAUCCCAGGCUGGAGUCCUCUGUGUACAACAACGAUGACAGAGAAGCAGUGCUCUUGCCUGAGCACAGGAUGCUGGUGGAGAAGUUCUCCGUGUCCCUGCAGGUCAUUUCACCAGUGCAUCCUGGUGAAAUUGUAUUCUUACCUAGGCGUCACCCUUUGCCUUGCUUCCUGGACUCCUCCAGUCUAAAGCCACACAGCCAAUUGGAAGAGCUGUUCCUCAGGUCCUCACUGCCGGGGCAGCUCUCCUUCCUACACAGUGGUCUCCUGAGCAACUUGUACCUGCAUGCUGCUGAUUGCCCUCGGCCUCUGCUGCGGUGGCUGUUCAAGUUGUUAACGUGGCCUACAGAAACAUCUUCAAGAGCUUUUGGUCUUCUCUGGGAUCUCAGUAUAGAUGGACUGUUCCGUCAGCCUGAUGAAAACAUGCACUUGUGGUGUCCCUCACUGAAGGAGGUCAAGGAGGUGUUCCACAGCCUGGGAGCCUACAACCCUGCCCUGUACCCACAGGGGCCCUGCCAGCACAGCUCAAGGGUGCUUGAGAGUGAGGCCAGCCUGACCUCAGAGGAUUCUCCCCAGGAAGUGGCCUUGGACAUUAAGUUGAGCUACAUCUACAAGUUCCUGGUCCUGUGUUUCCUAGCCCAGCCAGCAUCCUACACUGAUGCCAGCAUCUUAGGCCUGAUGGAGCUGCUGUGCCGCGCAGGCCUAGACGUGGGGCUGCGCCUGCUGCCCAAAACCGAUCUCCAGCAACUUCUGCUCCUGCUGCUGGAGAGUAUCCAAGAGUGGCCUGGAAAGCUCCAGCCCCUUUGCUGUGCCCUGAGCUGGGUGUCCGACCACCACCACAACCUGCUGGCCCUCGUACAGUUCUUCCUGGAUGUGACGCCUCGGGGCAGGCAGCUUAGAAGUCAGCUGAGUCUCGUGGUUAUUGCCCGGAUGCUGGGUCAGCAGGAGUCACUUCCUUUCUCAGAAGAGAAGACCCAGCUCGCCUUGCUCAGCCAGCUCCUCAGCCUCAUGAGGCCUUCAUCCCUCAGGCAGUGUCUGGGCAUUGAAACCUUGCCAUCCCGUCUGGGGCAACAGUCAAAGGCCAGUGCUGAUCUAGACCACAAGGUCUGCUAUCUCUGCCACAGCCUCCUGACACUGGCUGGGGUUGUGGUCAGUAGCCAGGACAUUACUCCUGAUCAAUGGGGCGAGCUGCAGCUGUUGUGCAUGCAGUUGGACCGUCAUAUCAGCACACAUAUCCGGGAGAGCCCCCAGGCCAUGCACCGGACCAAACUCAAGGACCUAGCUACCCAGACUUACAUCCGCUGGCAGGACUUGCUGGCCCACUGUCAGCCCCAGGGCCAGUACUUCAGCCCUUGGAAAGAUAUUUAGAGGAGUAAGAGCAAAGUGGCCCAAGGCUCUUGACUCCAGCAGGAAGAGAACUGUAGGAGGUGAAGAAUGGAGCCAGAAGAGGUCCAGCCUGGUGAAGCUAGACUACUGCCACUACCCAGAGAGGGGUCCUGUGACCCUGACCAUCCCCACCCUUGAGCUCCCCCGACCUGCCCAGUUGUCUCUUCUGCCCUGAGCCCUCCCUGUUGGCCACUUCUUUCCCACAUCCUGCUCUCUCUGUCCAUCUUGAAUAUGAGGUUCAUCUGUGCAUAGUAAAGUGUUAUUUCCAGCA